CUCAGUGUUUUGUUUUUCUUAUAUGACCAACAUUAUGUCAUCAUUAAAACAAAUGAAUAUCGAAGUUUAUCUAUUGUUUUAAAAAAGUGUUGGAGUGUGAAUUUCUUUUUUUUUUUGUAAAUAGAUGUGUACUAGUUUUUAUGUUGUUCUUUUGUUUUGAAAUAAAAUGCGUGAGCGAAAUGUGUUGUUAUCUGUCAUAUACUUAACCUUACUUUUCAUGGUUACAUGGAAUGUUAUCUUCUGUCAAAUGCAAAAUGGUCCACCCAUUACGAUAUCACUUAAGACGUCCAAUUCGAGUGGUGAUGAAAUAUUCGAGACCAUGACCACAAUAUCUCCAAACACUAUACAAUCAAUUCAUGUAACGGAUAUUCCUAAAACACCAAAUUCAUUUUUGAUAUGUGAAGCGCACACCUUUCGAUAUAAUGUAUCGAUAUCGUAUACGGACGUUGUUUUACAGCCACAUAUGUAUGUAAAUGGUACAAAUGUCGGCUUAUAUUUUCUAAAUAAUAAAUUAGCAAUAUCAUUUUGGAUAUUUAAUUCGAAUCCAGUUAAUGUUACUACGAUGUUAAGCGUAGUUCUUUAUACUAAUAAUGUACCUGUUCCUGGUGGUUGUAAUUUGGAAUUUAAUACAGAAAUUGCACCAUAUUUAAAAUUAACUUCGACUGAUAGUGUAAUAACUGUGGAUGGUGAAGCUGCAUCGAUCAGUAAUACAACAUGCGAUAAACAAAAGAUACAGUAUGAUAUGUAUCAUUUAUUCUUACCAGAGCAAGAUUUUACGCCGGAAACAUAUUUCAAUGGGAUACGUCAACUAAUGACCGUUUCAAAUAUUUUAGAAAAUGGUCAUAAGGUUCCAGCUCCACUGAAUAGUCCAUAUUUACGUCGAAAAUACAGUACCUAUCAUGGUUUGGGCGAAGUAUUUGCGAUGAUCGCCACGUAUAAUAAUCAAUCGUCUGCGUAUGUACCGAUUGUGUCUUAUUCCUGUGAUAUUUUACAAUGGUCAAAUUAUUGUGAAGAUAUAACUUCACCGUUCUUACAAAGUCUGAUUGGAGUUGUAUUCUUUUUGGGACUUUUUGGCUGUUAUUUUGGACAUAAAUUUUUCAAGACUGGUGUAUUUUUAUUAGGAUUAUUUACUGGAUCUCUGGUUUCGUAUAUUCUUAUUUCUAUUGCAGAGGAUGAAAGUCUUGAAUCGAAUAUUUUAAGUUCCCUAUUAAUUGGAAUUGCAAGUGGAUUAGUUUGGCUAUCAGUAUGGAGCUAUUUCGGAAUACCAAUUGUAGCAGUGACUUUACCGAAUUUAGUUGUAGGAUUUGUAAUUGCAUCGGUUUUUUAUCACGUUGGUCUUGCGGAUUUCCAAAUAAUGCAACUUGAUGUAAACUAUUGGAUGUUAUUUGUUUCGAUAAUUCUAUCAGCCGCAAUGUCAUUAUCGAUCAUCACUCAACACGCUAAUAUUUUAGCUUGUAGUGUUUUGGGUGGAUAUUGUGUGAUUAUACCAUUGGAUCGAUAUAUUGGAGCGAAUUUAAAAUAUAUUUUAAUUAAUGUUUUACGACGAGCUACUGAACCAGAAUUUCAAAAUGUUAUAAUUGAUCCACCGUUCCAAAAUCGAGAUCUAGCAUUGUAUAUUUUAUGGGCUGCUCUAGCAAUUAGUGGCUAUGGUUAUCAAUAUUAUCAACAAAGAGGACGACCCCCAUUCCCACCACCACCAUAUAUGCAACGUCGCUUGGAAACACACUUACAAAGAUCUGAACGUGAACCAUUAGUUGCAAGUCGAGCGGUGAAACAGUAUCAAGCAAUUUUGACAACACCGAGUGGAUCUCAACUGGCUCUUUAAUUUAUUAUUUUAUGUUCUUAAUUAUCUGAUAUUCGUAUAAUUCUAGUCUAGUUUUUAUGGAAUAGUCUCUAAAUUUUAAUACCAAAAAUAAAACUAAACACUGACUUACGUCCAAAAAGUGCCAUUUGAAGUUUUUUUUUUUAAUCAUAUUGGAGUUAACGUAAAUUUUGAUAAUUCAUUAAGUGCUUUGUCCUAUUACUUUAAAAUGUCUUCUUUACAUGGAAGAUUUGCCGUUCCUCUCAAGCUUUGGGCACAGGCGUUUUUUAAUAUGAA